GCCGCUGGGCGGGGAAAGGCCCGGCAGCCAAGGGUUGGGCUGCUGGAGCUCAGCCAGAGCUGGGGCGCGGCGGGGAGGGACUGGCCCGCUUGCCCUGGCGAUCUUUAAAAUUCUGCUCUUGGGCGGCCUGCGCGCUUUUUCCUGCCGGUCUGCAGCGAGUGCCCAACCGCUCUGCUCUCCUUCCAAGGACUCCUGUUCUCUACUUCAGGCGGGAAAUGCUGUUGCUCGAUUGCAACCCAGAGGUGGAUAGUCUGAAGCAUCUGCUGGAGACCGGGGCCUCCGUCAACGCACCCCCAGAUCCCUGCGAGCAGUCGCCUGUCCACUUGGCCGCAGGUGGCGGCCUUGCUUGCUUUCUUCUCUGGCAGCUGCAGGCGGGAGCUGACCUCAAUCAACAGGAUGUUUUUGGAGAAGCUCCACUACACAAGGCAGCAAAAGUUGGAAGCAUGGAAUGCCUCAGCCUGCUUGUAGCCAGUGACGCCCAAAUUGAUUUAUGUAAUAAGAAUGGGCAAACAGCUGAAGAUCUUGCUUGGUCAUGUGGAUUUCCAGAAUGUGCCAAGUUUCUUACAACAAUUAAAGGCAUGCAGACAAUAAAAUCAAGUGAACAGUCCAAUAAAGAUCAUUGUGUUCCAGUGCUCAGACAGAAACGAAGUUUUGGGAGUGAAGAAAAUACAAAUGGGAAAAGGAAGUGUUGAUGUCGUAUUGGUUAUGAAGAGGUGUGAAGAAGGUUUUCACUUCAUGCGGAUCUGCUGCUCAGCUACAACCUAUGGGUUUUGGCUUGUCAGUGUGUCAAACUCCUUCUAAGAAGGAGAAAACUUUCUUCUAAGCGAAGAUAACGUUGAAGAAUACAUGUAUAUACAUGCUUAUAAUGUUUUGGUUGUGCGUGCUUUGUCUUUUAAUUUAUUAAAGGAAUGUCUCAAGAAUAAA